UCGUUUCGCAAAAACUUUCCCCGUGGCUUUUAAUUUGAACGUCCUCACCAUUCCACAAGCGACUUUGGUUUAGUGCAGCUCAGGCCUUCAGACUUCAACGUUAAAAAAAAAAAUACAUCUCCAGACUUCAAACUCGCUUCAAAAACCUGCACGAUUAAUCAACGAGAUCUCACAACAAAGAAAAGGCGAUUAAGAGGCUACCGUUAUGGCAUUACCGCAUUGUUACAAUGGCAAAACGCAUCUACCAAUCCCUUCGGGGAAAUACGUCGUCGGUUGCACUGAUAUGAUGACUGGGGGGGACACGGAGAAUGGCUCGUUCUGUCGCAUUUUCUACCCUACGAAAUUAGAAGAUCCUUACGAAUACUCUUCCCGCUGGGCAAAAUACCUUCCCCACGAAAUGUACGUCGAGGGUUUCACUAAGGCCGGUGGAUUCCGAAUUUAUUUCCUGGGCAAAAGACUCAUUUCAUGGGCGUUCGGAAAUUCGUACAUUCCGGUAGUGGAAGAUGCUGAUCCAUCGGAUGAACGAAAUUUCCCCGUGAUAAUAUUUUCUCACGGUCUGAAAGCUUGCCGAACGACCUACUCUAUUUUCUGUUCUGACAUGGCUUCCCAUGGGUUCAUCGUGGCAGCCAUUGAACACAGAGACGGGUCUGCGUGCCUCAGUUAUAAUUUGGAACGUGAAGGGAACAAUAAAUCGCUGGUCGAGAAAUGGAUCGCGUACAAGUCGACGUCUUUCGAAGGCGAGGAACUCGCCUUCCGGCAACAACAAUUGCAAAUUCGUACCCGCGAAUGCAGUCAAACUCUUGAUUUACUUUUCAAAUUGAACGAAGGCGCCCAAAUUGAACACACCCUUCAACCGACGAUAGAUUUCGCCAUGUUUAAGGGCAUCAUGGAUGUGAGUUCGCCUAUUAUCGCGGGUCAUUCUUUUGGUUCGGCGACUCUACUACGCACGUUAGGCGCCGACAAACGCUUCAAAGUUGGUCUUGCCAUGGACGCGUGGCUGUGGCCACUCAAAGACGAAAUCGAAUUGGCUCAAAAUAUAGCCCAACCCGUUUUGUUUAUCAAUUCGGAAGGUUUUCAAACUGUUCCCAAUCUGAACACGAUGAAACUUUUCAUUGUCGACGCCGAUCACACAGAGCGUCGCGUCGUGACUUUAAAGGGUAGCGUUCACUACAGCCAAAAUGACGUGCCUUGCUUAUUACCGUGGUACAUUCGCCGUUUUACAUAUCACUCGGCCAUCGAUCCCUUGGUGGCCAUCGAACUCAACAACCGAAUUAGCCUCCUCUACUUGCGCAAGCAUUUGGGCCAUCCAGUGGACAAAGAGCUUUCGAAAUUGGUGGAACUGCACGCGGAUUUGGUCGACGAAGGAAUUCCCUAGUCAAAUCACAAGUGAAAGCUGUCGCUAAAAAUUUACGCGAGCGGCUCAUUUCUUAUUCACAAAAAAUGCAAAUUGUUUUUGUUUCUUGAUAAUAAUGGAAAAUGGCUAAGACAAUAAUGCAUUCCCCCCCCCCAUUUUUUGUGCCCGUCUCAUCCGAUGUUAUAAUCGUCUUUCACAGUGCCAUUUGAGAGGCCUAAUCACAUGUAAGCUGCUUUCAGCCGUGGGAGAACAAAUAAACUCGUUGAAUUUGAA